UUGAAACUGACUGGAAAACGCUCUCAACUGCUUGGUGUGUUGGCAGUUCAUGAAGACGGUUGUAGCCCCAUUUUUCGCUCCACUUCCCGGUGAUGGGCAGGGACUUUGGAGAUAAUAUAUAAAGAGGGGAGUCCCUCUUCUUCUCAAUAACUGCAACAUUUUUUAGUAUCCCAUUUACUGCAAACAUUGAGAGAGAAGAGAAGACUUUAUUCUCACACAUUGGCUGGUUCUUCAUUCUUCAAUUCGUGAUCAUAAGCUCUGUUAAGCUAUGUUUCUAAUUCUCUUAUUUACUUUGAAUCAUGGUUCUAGUUUUGGUUAUGGAUGGAACUAUCAUCCAACGACAUCUGACUGGAAUUGAACCACUUAGUGGUUCAAAUUUCAAGAAAUGGAAGUCGCAACUGGAUAUUGUCUUGGGAUGUAUGGAAUAUGACAUUGCUCUUACUGAAGAGAUACCUGCGAUUCCUGAAACAAAUGAACCUGAACCAGUUAGGAUAAAGUAUAACAAAUGGGUUAGGGCAAAUAGGAUGGCACUGAUGAUCAUUAAGUCUUCAAUAAGUGAUGUUAUUCGUGGUGGCAUUCCAACUAAGGAUACUGCAAAAGAAUUAAUGAAGGAAAUCUCAAAUCAGUUUACUGGGUCCUCUAAGGCACUUCAAUUUACCUAUUUAACUCAGCUCAUUUCUCUCAAGUAUGAUGGUCAUGGAAAUGUUCGUGAACAUAUUCUCAAGCUGUCUAAUCUUAUCAUUUCUCUUAAGGAGUUAGAAAUGGACUUAGGUAAUGAUUUUCUUGUGCAUUUGGUUGUUGCUUCUCUUCCUCGUUCUUUUGAGACCUUCAAAGUGAACUACAAUGCUCAAGAACGUAAGUGGACUGUGAGUGAAUUAAUUGCUUAUUGUGUAAUGGAGGAAGAACGACAAAAGCAAGGAAAGGUUGAAUCUGCGAAGCUGACUUUUCAUGGAGCUAAUAAGAAAAGUUUUAAGAAGAAAGGUUUCAAGAAAGACUUCAAUAAGAAAAAUGGGUCUGAUCAUGCAGUCACUGAUAAGAAGAAAGAAAGGGAUAAAAGUAUUCGUUCUGACCAUGGAGGAGAAUACUAUGGUAGGGCAAAUCAAGAUGGAGUUAAUUUUGGGAAAUUUCUUAAAUAUCUUCAAGAACAUGGUAUACUUCCACAAUAUACAACUCCUGGUACUCCUGAGCAGAAUGGCGUGGCUGAAAGACGCAACAGAACUUAUCAAAAUAUGGUCCGUAGCAUGAGCUGUUACUCUGAUUUAUGGGAUGAAGCCUUGAAGACCGCAGUUUAUCUACUGAAUCGGGUUCCCAGUAAAGCUGUACCGAAAACCCCUUUCGAACUCUGGACAGGAAGGAAACCAAGUUUACAUCAUCUGCAUGUAUGGGGUUGUCCCGCAGAGGCAAGACUCUAUGAUCCUGACAUUAAAAAGUUGGAUCCUAGAACUGUAACAUGUCGUUUCAUAGGAUACCCGGAGAGAUCUAAGGGUUUUCGUUUCUACUGUCCGGCGAGAUCUAUGCAAAUUGUAGAAACAAAUAAUGCUAAGUUUUUGGAGUUCGGUGAUGGUCAUUUAGAUCAUCGAGAAAUGGUGUUUGAAGAGGUUAUAGAUGAUAUACCAUUUAUAAUUCCUAGUGUAUCAACUGAUUUUCCAUCGACAGAAGUCUUUUCACCUGUAACUUCUAUAAUUGAUGAAUCCAUCCAUUCACAAACUGUUGAAGCUGUUUAACCUGUAGUUCCUCAUUCUGUUGAGACU